AUGCUGCUGAUCCUUACUCUGGCCGCCGCUAUGCUCACCGUGCUGCUGUCGCCCAUGCCGACUGCCGCCAUGCUCGUCGUGCUGCUCUCGCUGUGCCGGCCGACCCAUGCUCGUCAUGCUGCUCUCACUGUCCCCGCUACCGCAACCCUCGCCGUGACGCUGUGGCCGGGCUCGCCGAAAUGCCGGCAGACGGUCGCCCACGCCGCUGACAUCGUCCAGGAGCGCAACUGGUCCGGCCAAGAUUUCAAAGCCCGAAUCGUUGACGACUACCGGGUGUAUUGGGAGGACUGCCGCACGUAUAUGCAGUACCCGCCUCGGCUCUUCGUGAUCAUGAGAGGCCUCCCUGGCAGUGGCAAGACAACGUUUGCUCAAGUGGUCGCUCGUUAUGCAGCAACGUUUGAUUUCCGCGCAUCGAUUUGCUCAGCUGACCUCUUCUUCCAGCGCGGAGGAUCCUAUGUGUUCGGCGCAAGUCGGCUUUGGGAGGCGCAUCGAAGCUGCUACGAACAAUGCAGAGAACUCCUGUGGCGCAGCCCCGACCGUGGCGUGGAUAUCGUUAUCGUCGACAACUGCAACCUUCGGAUAGAUGAUUUUGAGCGCUAUCAGGAUCUGCACAUUCCCUCGGACAAGCUUGCGGUUGCUGCGUACUUCAACAUCUGGAGACACAACUCCCCGGAGGAGCCGCGCCCCGACAACGAGGUGGACACCGUCGAUGAGCUGCACAUCGAUAACGAGCUGACAACCGUCAAUAUGCCGCGCGCCUACAUCAUCACGCUGGAUGAGUUUAUGCGUGAUCGCUAA